AACACGACAGGGCACGACCCCCAAAGCAAUUUACAUGCCACCAACCCAGGCUCGAAUACCUAGUUCAGGGAAAACGCGCCCAAAGGACGCGGCCGGCAGUCGGGAAAGUCGGAGGGAGGCUCCGGCGAGCGUAGCUUGCAGCUCAGCGCGGGUCCAAGGUCCACUCUAUCCCCUUCACCCGUCGCGCGGGGUGGCGGUUGAUUACAAGAGGCCGGCCGUUUUGGUUAAUACUGUGGGGCCAGAAAGCCCCUGAGGGCUCGGACACCACGCGGAGUCCAGAGCACUGCCUUCAGCCGCAAUUGAAGAAACCGCUCUCAAGCUGGAUGGAGGCGGAGCGGCAGCUCCCGCAGAGCCAACAGAAGAGCCUUAAUAUGCCAGGAGCAGUGCUAGGACAGCCCCCAGCGCGAGGCACUCUGGGACUUGUAGUCUACCUCCGAGACGGGGCUUUCCCCCACCUCGUUUCCCCGCCUCUUAGUGUAGCUUUUAUUCUGCCCCCGCUCCCCUCCCAGCACGCCGACUUCCUGGUCGCCGCACGCCUCACAGACGACUACACUACCCAGAAGUCUCUUCUCCGCGUCCCAGCACCCCGCUGGUGCCGGCCGUCUCCUUUGGACUACAGUUCCCAGAAGUCUCCUGGAGAAGUGACUUCCUCUCUCAUUUCUAGGACCACAAUUCCCAGACACAUCAGCUUCCCGGCGGUUCUCUCUCUCUCUCUUUUUUUUCUUGACUCGAGCUGGUUGGGUUUCGCCGACCGGCCGGCGCACAGCGACGACGUGGUUCGCCGUGACACCGCACAGGGUUCCCUUAGCGGCCCGUCUUCCUCCCCUCUUAGCGAUCCCCUUUGCAGGCCGUCGCCGCCGGCCUCAGCAGUGACCUGGCGGGCCGCGCCUGCGCUCUGCCCCGUUUCCUGCCUGGCUGGUGGCGGCGGCCAUUUUGUCCAUCCUCCUCCUCCUCCUGCUCCUCCUGGUUGGAGCGCAGUGUCCGGAGCGGGCUGGGGGGAGAAAGCCCGAGAGCAGGGUUCGGUGCCUUUUCCUCUGUCCCCAGCCGGUGCCCGGAGUCCCCUCCCCGGCCCUGCCCUCCCCCUUGUCCCGGGAUCGCUCCGUCGCACCCACCAUGAUGGAAGACGACGGGCAGCCCCGGACUCUACAAGGACUGCUACAUCUUCCUAGGUCUUACCCCUGCCUGGAACGUAAGAGAUACGUAGGUAACCUCUCCAGAGAUGUGACAGAAGUUCUUAUUCUUCAGUUAUUCAGUCAGAUUGGACCCUGUAAAAGCUGUAAAAUGAUCACAGAGCAACCCGAUAGCAGAAGGGUCAACUCUUCUGUUGGAUUUUCUGUUUUGCAGCAUACAAGCAAUGACCCAUAUUGCUUUGUGGAAUUUUAUGAACACAGAGAUGCAGCUGCUGCAUUAGCUGCUAUGAAUGGGAGAAAAAUUUUGGGAAAGGAGGUCAAAGUAAACUGGGCAACAACACCAAGUAGCCAGAAAAAAGAUACUUCCAAUCAUUUCCACGUGUUUGUUGGAGAUUUGAGUCCAGAAAUUACAACAGAAGAUAUCAAAUCAGCAUUUGCCCCCUUUGGUAAAAUAUCGGAUGCCCGAGUAGUUAAAGACAUGGCAACUGGAAAAUCCAAAGGCUAUGGCUUUGUGUCUUUUUAUAAUAAACUGGAUGCAGAAAAUGCAAUUGUGCAUAUGGGAGGUCAGUGGUUGGGUGGUCGUCAGAUCAGAACCAAUUGGGCCACACGUAAACCCCCUGCACCUAAAAGUACACAAGAAAAUAACACUAAGCAGCUGAGAUUUGAAGAUGUAGUAAACCAAUCAAGUCCAAAAAACUGUACUGUGUACUGCGGAGGAAUUGCUUCUGGCUUAACAGAUCAGCUUAUGAGGCAGACCUUCUCACCAUUUGGGCAAAUUAUGGAAAUCAGAGUUUUUCCAGAAAAGGGCUAUUCAUUUGUCAGAUUUUCUACCCAUGAAAGUGCGGCUCAUGCUAUUGUUUCGGUGAAUGGUACUACAAUUGAAGGACAUGUUGUUAAAUGCUAUUGGGGUAAAGAAUCUCCUGAUAUGACUAAAAACUUUCAACAGGUUGACUAUAGUCAGUGGGGCCAGUGGAGCCAAGUUUAUGGAAACCCACAACAGUAUGGACAGUAUAUGGCAAAUGGGUGGCAAGUACCGCCUUACGGAGUGUACGGGCAGCCAUGGAAUCAACAAGGAUUUGGAGUAGAUCAAUCGCCUUCAGCUGCUUGGAUGGGUGGAUUUGGUGCUCAGCCUCCCCAGGGACAAGCCCCUCCCCCUGUAAUACCUCCUCCCAACCAAGCUGGAUAUGGCAUGGCCAGUUACCAAACACAGUGAGCGGGGACUCUAAACAAAAUGUAAUUCAUGAUAGCUUCAAUUUCCUUGUGACACUCUGAAGACAUGAAAGUAGACAUCGGAAAAUGAAAAUAUUUAUUUUAAAAAUUGAAAUGUUUGGAACCUUUAGCACAGCUUUGCUUUGGUGAAGGACACAUGUCUUCUAGUUCUGCCUUUUUAAGUUUUUGUUCAUGAUGGAUAUGAACAUGAUUUUUCUUUGUGUAUAAAAACUAAAAUAAAGUGAAUAAAAAAUUCUGACUACAAAUUUUGAUAUAAUAGGAGAAAUGGGUAAUACAUUUUGAUUCUUAGAUACUAUUCCAUUUUUAUCUUGCUGUUCAGUAUUUUAACUCACUGUGUUUUUAAAAGAGCAAAAAAGGGAGGAUCGUGAAAACUGGGAAUCACAUGUAAGUUCAUCCUGAAUUUUGAUACUCCCCUCCCCCGAGGUGGACCACAUUCGAAGUCAGCAGGAAAAAAAAGUGAUGUUGAGAAGAAAUGCAUGAUUUUGGAGUCGCUUUGGAGGAAAUACUUUCUCUGUGCCUAAAGAAACUGAAACCAGACUGAUAAAAGAAAUUUUGUAACCUAAAUAAGGAACAGCAUUGUCUGACUUACUUGAGCAAAUGUUGGUGGUCCACAUUAAGACAUAUUUUUAAAACUUUAAAAAGUGUUCAUAAUUAAAACUGUAGUAAACUACAUUUCAUUUUGGGGGGAAAAUCCCAAGUAUGGUGUUUGUAUUAAAGUCAGACAGUCAUACCUAUGCUUUUACAUGAAGUUUAAAUGAUAUACAUUGUAAAUAUUGAAUACAGUGUUUUAAAAGCAUGCUUCAACAUAGAAGUAGCAACAAUGUAAUUAUUUGAAGUAACACUUAACACACUCCACUGCAUUGAAUGCAAUGGAUGAAUAAGAAUGUUUAAGACUGACAUUUCCAAGGUUGGCUACUAUGUAAGAUUAAAAUUAUACAAAUGACAGAAAAAGCCUUAAUUUUAAUUUCAUACAAAUCUGAUGCAUUAGUACAUUAUAAAAUGUCAUUGGAAAUUAGAUUUUUUUUUUCUUUUUUCUGUUUUUGCUUUACAUCAUCUGGUAUGUAAAUACCUUGAUUAAAACCUUGUAAGCCUAUUUCAAGGUUCCUAUAAGUUGUAUAGUACAAGCGUUUUUAAAAAAUCUUGGGGUGUUUUUUAAAAUUAGAUAUAUUUUGCCCAAGAAUUUUUUUAACAAGAUUGUUAAAACAUCUUAUUUAGACAGUUUGAUGUACCAAUUUAUAAUUGGAUAUUCAGCUUAAAUAGUACACAGAGUUGUGACUUUUAUUUUUAAUUAAUUUUUUCCUUGUGGGUAGUGUGCAUGGGAUGACAAGUCUGAACAGAGGCUGAGCUGUAUGAGUGCAGAGUUUGUAAAUGAUUUGAUUGGGUAAGAUUAACACUUGAUUCUGAGGUAUUUUUCAGGCCAUGUGCAUACAAUCUGCCUCAAAUUUCUAUCAUAACAGGAAUGUAAAAGAGAGAAAAAUUCUAUCUAUUUGAAUUUUGACAGCUAGGGGGUGCAAAUGUUUAGGCAGUGUAUUUGAAAUGUUUUGAAGUCUGGGCACCAAAAUGAAAAAAACUCUUCAUAGUUAUACUAAUAAGAUACAGUUAGCACCCACAAAUUACUGGUUUUUAAACUUUUGAAGUCUUACAAUUAGCUUUAAAAUAAUGGUUUUGUAAAUUGGUCUCCACAGUAAUUUUGGUAUUUUCCUUCUUCCCCCAUUUAGAAAUUUAUUAAAUAUGAAAAUUUGCAGAGUCCUAAGUUGUUCGUCUUCAGGCCAAAUUUUUUAUGGCACUUUAGUUUUAACCACAGUGCUCAUUUAUUACAUUCAUCUAUUAUAAAAUUUACCCUUAUUUCUUUUGUUCAUGGUUGGUAUCUUUGGGGGAUGUUUUGGAAAAUUUAUAUUUUAUAAGGAGAACACUCAAAUUAUAUCAAUUAUGCCUCCUAGUUAAAAUUUUCUUAAAUAUAUGUGAAACUUGAACUAAACUCUCAGUUUGCCUUUUUUGGUCUGCCAGUAAAUUAAGUAGCUAGUUGCAACACCAGACUAGUUAAUACUGCAUAGGAAACAUAUGACUGAAAUCUUUUCAUCUUAACCUGAAAGAACAAGAUUACGUGCUCAGUUCAGUUAAUGGAAAUUAUUAAUAUUUCUUAUUAAAUGGUUUUUAAAAUAUAAAGCUACUUAUCCAAAUGAAAUGUACCAUUUUAAAACACAACUAUCAAGCUAACACAGACUCAAGAACUAUUUUAUAACACAGAGUGAAGUCAGUGCUAUCUUGAUCCAGUUUAAGCCUAAGAAUCGUUGCCUUUUCCAUGUUCAUUAAAAACAGCAGCAGAGAUUCUUUGGCAAGCUAGAAAAUGUUUAUUUCAUAAUCACUUUGAGAUUUAUUUUUGGUGAUGUGUUUCUGCCUACCACCUUCUUUGCUCUGAUCUCUCUACUAGUAUUUCCCCUUAUGCCAUUCCCACUUGAUUUUCAUGUCUGCUGGCAGUGAGAGGCUGAAAUGACUGGCCAACUUAAGCCAAAGCUGUAAACCACAGUUGAAGUAAGUCUUUCAAUAAAGACUAGACUAUAUGUUGA